AUGAGUGACUAUGCUCCCAGCAGCAAACGAAAGAGGUCGCAUUCUCCCCCGCCGUGGCGACAGCGCGAAAAUGAGCGCCGGUAUCGCGAGCGAGAUGCGCCUCAACGGCAAGACGAAGGCCGGCCACAGAAAUGGUCUCACAAAGACCAGAUGAAAAUCAAUCAAUUACAGGAGGACGAACGCAUGAGAGAAUGGGUGGCACAAGAAGAUGAGUUUGUUCUCAAGCAGGCGAAAAAAAAGGCAGAAAUUCGAGUCAAAGAGGGUCGAGCGAAACCUAUAGAUUGGCUGGCAGUCACACUCCGCGUAAUCGAUCCUACGAGAGACCCGUUGGAUGACGAGGUUCAAGAGAAAGACCUUGAGUUUGUGGACCCCGGGAGUGUCUUCGACGGCCUAUCCGAAUCCCAGUUGGCGGACCUGCGCAAGGAUAUCGACACAUACUUAAAUCUCGAGACUAACCGAAAGAAUCGGGACUACUGGCGGUCUAUGCAGAUUAUCUGCAAGGACAGGCAGAAGAGGCAACGCACCUCGGGUCCGGAAGGAAGAGCUGUAAAUUCGGUGUCGUCGGAUAUUGACAAGCUACUGGCGCCAAAGACAUACGAACAGCUGGAAGUGCUGGAGAAGCAAAUCAAAAACAAACUUGACUCCAACGAGCCUAUCGAUACAGAUUAUUGGCAGCAGCUCUUGGACAGUCUCUUGGUUUGGAAGGCAAAGGCGAAGUUAAAGAGAGUCUAUCAAGAUGUUCUCGACUCUCGGUUGAAGCAACUGAGGCAAGAAAAUGAGCACAAAGCACAUCAGGCCCAGCAGCAGCUUCAUGAUGCCGGCGUUGUCGCCGCUGCCUCGGUUACGUACUCGAAAGACGUCGACCCAGAGGCGCUGCUGGGGAUUCCGUCUAAAGACAAGGCCUUAGAAGUCCAGGACGAGAGCGCUUUCUUGCGAAAUGUCGCUGCCAGCAGACGCAAAGUUGCCAACAUGGGCUACGUCCCGGCCCCGAAAGGCACUGCUCAUCAAAAGGUGUCGACACAGUCUCGUCCACCCGGGCUACCCGCAGCAAUCGACCCGACCAGCCGCUUCGAACAGACAGCAGCAACAGACUCUUCUGCUGUGACGAAAGCCCUUUUCGACCGGGAAGUUGCCAAGGGAAUGAACGAAAACGAGGAGAUCUUUGCGGGCGAGGAAGAAGUUGCCGGGAUGUCUGACGAACAACCGCUCUGGAGCGGGAAGUACCGUCCGCGCAAGCCCAAGUACUUCAAUCGGGUCCAGAUGGGCUACGAGUGGAACAAAUACAACCAAACACAUUACGACCAUGAUAACCCUCCGCCGAAGGUGGUCCAGGGCUACAAGUUCCACAUUUUCUACCCCGACCUCAUUGACCCAACCAAGGCGCCGACCUACAAAAUCAUGCGCGAGGGCGGCCGGAAGAAGGGCCAGACCAUGGCGCCCGCGGGCGAGGAAGACACAUGUAUCAUCCGUUUCAUGGCCGGCCCGCCGUACGAGGAUAUUGCGUUCCGCAUUGUCGAUCGUGACUGGGACUAUUCGGCCAAACAUGACCGCGGGUUCAAAAGUACGUUUGAACGAGGUAUUCUGACCCUGCACUUCAGUUUCAAGAGGAUCGUUUAUCGGAAAUAG